ACCCUUCUCACAGCGCCUUGUCUCGCCCGCUUUGCUCUCUCCUCACCUCUCACCGCGCCGCACUGCUGCUCAUAACUAUUCAUCCUUCGCUCCACCUGACUCCACCACCACAUCACCGUUCCCGCUGUUUGCAUCCUCAUUCCACUCAACCCACAACUCACCAAUUUUCUCAUCACCAUCACCACCACCACCACCACCACCUUUCCUCUCCUUUCCUCUCCUUUCCUUGUGUUGACCUAACCUCUACCUUCACCCAACACACUGCUACUCCAUCUUUCAUCAACCCUUAUUCCUCCUGCUCUUGAGGCAUCUCUCAUCUCCUCUCCCGUCUCUUCCAUCACUCGAAUACCUAAAACCCCCCCCCUUCCUACAUCCAUCAACGCAUUAAAGUUUCGUCAACGUUGCUCCCAAACAUCCGAUGGCUUCCGUACCUUCGCAACCCCGCCCUCCUCAAUUCGGCGCACAUCACCAACAGUAUGUCCCAAAUGGCUCUGCGCCUGGAAUGCCUCCUCAGCCUGUCCAACUUCCUCCCCAAAAGGUAAUCGAGAAGGCAGGUGUGCGAAUUUUGUGCAUUGCCGAUGUCAGAGGAAACCUUAAAUCUUUAAACGAAUUGGCCAAGAAGGCAAACGCGGAUCACGUCCUUCACACUGGUGACUUUGGCUUCUACGAUGAUAGCUCUCUAGAGAGAAUUGCCGACAAGACUCUGCGACAUGUCGCACAAUACUCCCCCCUGCUUGAAGAUGGCCUCAAAAAGCGUAUCCAGACACCUGGUCCUAAUAGCCAUUCUAUAAAGCAGCUCUUUGCUCAGGUCGAACACCCGUUGUCUGAGCUUCCCCUGUUUCUCAACAAGAAAUACACCCUGGACGUGCCUGUAUACACCGUGUGGGGAGCGUGCGAAGAUGUCCGCGUUCUUGAGAAAUUCCGCUCAGGCGAAUACAAGGUCAACAAUCUCCACAUCGUCGAUGAGGCGAAUUCACGGCUGCUAGAUGCCGGUGGUGUUAAGCUUAGGUUGUUAGGUCUUGGAGGAGCUGUUGUCAUGCAUAAGUUGUUUGAUAAUGGCGAGGGAAGGACAACGAUCCCUGGAGGACAAGGGACCAUGUGGACUACGCUUUUGCAAAUGGGCGAGCUUGUUGACACAGCAAACCGGGUAUUUGACCCUGCGGAAACCCGGAUUUUUGUUACCCACGCUUCACCAGCAAGGGAGGGUUUGCUGAAUCAAUUGUCGGUUACUCUGAAGGCGGAUUUCUCGAUAUCCGCUGGAUUACAUUUCCGGUAUGGGAGCUCAUACAACGAGUUCAGUGUAAACCCAACUCUGGAUCAUUAUAGGGGCAAGCUAGCCUCGUCGAAAGCAUCUUUCAAUGAUGUUUGGGAAACCGUCAAGGGUGAGGUCCUGCCCGCCGUUCAGCAAAACGAAGCUCAGCACGCACUCUUGAAUAAUGCCUUGGAUAUCGUAGAGAAGAUGCCCACGAGCGCCAACGGCGGCAACCCGUUUGGUGGUCCGGCAUCAAACACUGCUCCUGGAGCUGGGCAAGUCGAUGAAUCUGCCUUCAAGAAUAUGUGGAAUUUCAACUUGGCAGACGCUGCAUUUGGCUGGCUUGUUCUAGAGGUUGAGGGUGGCCGCAUCGCGACGGAGAUGAGAGCGCAAGGGUUCAAUUUUGCCCAUAGGGGUGGGAAAGGAGCUUCUGCGGCUCAGCAGCAACAGCAACAGCAACAAUCGUCGGUUGCGCCUACUGCAUCAACUGCUGCGUCGGCACCAACUUCGAAUGCUGGAACUGUUAAUGUUAAUGUACCAUCUGGACCCUCGGGAACUAGCAACUCCACUCCACAAAAUGGCCCCGCAGUUCCCUUCCUUCCGUCAGGACCAAGGAGUCAACAGCAGCCAAAGCCCACUCCCCCUCAACCAAGGCCUGCUACCACCCCAACUGGACCGAAGCAGCCUACCCCGCCUCCUGCUCAGGUCGAACCACCAGUCGCCCCGAAGCCGGCGACACCCCGUCCAGUACCAAGUGGUCCUGCAAACAGAGCUGCCACCCCGGUCGCUACGCCUUUGCCGACACCAGCAGCGGAGAAGCCAUCUACUAGUAACGGUACGCGUACCGAAUCUCCAGCUCCUCCCGUUGUACCCAAGAUUGAUACUCCUGCCACGGCUCCGGCCACAGCUCCGGUCAUAGCUCCAACCGGACCUCAACAUCGAGAGGCUAGCUCCCCACAGGACCGCCUAAAACAGUAUGGAUUUUACAUAACCGGCGUCAAUAACGCAGACGCAGUCCGAGCCCUAUUCUCCUUGGAAGUCCAGAGUAUGAUUCAACACAUAGAAACAAAACACCCCAAGAGUCGACCUGAUUCGACCUACUUCCUUGCGUACUUUGAGAGCGCCGAAAUUGCCAAAGAAACGCUGGACCAACUACCAGAAGACUUGAAAAUAAGGCGUUCUCAGAACGAGAACAAACCGUGGGUCAAAUUGAUGAUGGACGAGUAUAACCCGUUCAAUAGCAACCCGAGACCCGGCAUGUCCGACAGCAAAUGGGGCCGCGGAGCAGGCGUCGGCGGCGGCAACACCAGCGAGAGUGAUAACAACAUGGGUGGCGGGUACAGGCGUGGUGGUGGGCACCGGGGCCGUGGCGCAAGAGGCUACAGUCGUGGUCCGUAUAGAGGUGGACCCGGUGGAGCCAAGCGUGGAAGGAACCCCGAGGGUGGAGAUGGAGGAUCGCAACAUCAAUCUACAGACUAGAUAAAAUAGCUUUCUCUUUUCCUUUUCCUUUUUUUCCUUUCUUCUAAUGAUUUCUUUCUUAACCUUUUCAUGGGAUCUUUGGAGGAGGGGGAGGAACGAGGUUUGGGAAAAGGAAAAAAGGUUCUCUGGUAGUUGGUUUGUUUUUCGGUUCUGUUUUUUUCUUCAAUGUGUGGUUGGGGUUUGUACGUUGUUGUAGCUGGAAGUAGCGGUUGCCGCCGUCAUUGUUGCCGUCGUAGUUUAGUAGCAGCUUAUGGUGUGGUGGUUUGGGAAUGAAUUCUGAAGACAGCGCGAGUGAGUGAGACAUCAUUUCG